AUCUAGUCGUAUCUUAUUUUCAACAAUGCUUGGAUUAAAUCACGAGAAAAGAUUGGUAAAGAUUUCAGAUCGAGAGAAAAUGAGGAAAGAACUAGAGACAGGUACCAAAAAUGGAGGUCACAUACUAGUUGUACCUUACCCAAGUCAAGGUCACAUCAAUCCGAUGCUCCAAUUCUCAAAGAGAUUAAUCUCAAAAGGUCUCAAAAUCACUUUAGCAAUCACAGUUCAUGUUUCAAAAACAACAAAUACUAAAUUCCACGGGCCGAUAGCAAUCGAGACCAUAUCAGAUGGUUUCGAUGAUGGUGGUUCCAUGGAAGCCGGCGGUCCGAGUGUUUAUGUCCAACGGUUCAAAACGGUCGGUUCAGAAACGUUAACCCAACUCAUUGAGAAAUUGGAAACUUCCGGUAAUCCAGUAAGUUGUGUUGUGUAUGAUCCGUUUAUACCAUGGGUUUUAGAUGUAACAAAAAAGCUAGGCCUCAUUGGGGCUGCAUUCUUCACUCAAUCUUGUAUUGUUGGUGCAAUUUACUAUAGUGUGCAAAAGGGUCUAGUGAAAGCACCAAUCCCGGCUGACCAAGCCUUUUCAGUUCCGGGGUUGCCACCGUUGAGUGCUUCUGAUCUUCCGUCUUUUGUUGCUGGCGUUGGACCGUAUCCAUUUUUGUUAGAUUAUCUUGCCAACCAAUUUGCUAACAUACACAAGACAGACUGGGUUCUAUUCAGUACAUUUGACAAGUUAGAGUCCGAGGUUCUAAAUUGGAUGUCAAAAUUAUGGCGAGUAAGGGGUAUUGGUCCAACUCUUCCAUCAAUGUACUUAGAGAAAGGGAUUGAAGACGACAAAGAUUACGGGUUUCACAUAUUUGAGCCUAAGAGAGCUGAAUGCAUAAAUUGGCUAAACACGAAGAAGAGCAAGUCAGUGAUUUAUGUUUCAUUUGGGAGCAUUUCAAUUGUGAAACAACAGCAGAUCGAAGAAAUUGCAUUGGCACUAUUAGAAUGCAAACAUAAUUUUCUAUGGGUUGUAAGAGAAGCAGAGGAAUGCAAAAUACCAUCCAAAUUUCUCGAGGAGAUAACGCCGGAGAAAGGACUGAUAAUUAGAUGGUGCCCUCAGUUGGAAGUUCUGUCUCACCCUGCAGUAGGAUGUUUUGUAACUCAUUGUGGGUUCAACUCUACAUUGGAGGGAUUGAGCUUGGGUGUGCCGAUGAUUGCGUUGCCACAGUGGACGGAUCAACCGAUGAAUGCAAAAUGCAUUGAGGAUUUGUGGGGUGUAGGAAUGAGACCAAAAGUUGAUGAAGAAGGGAUAUUUAGAAAGAAGGAGAUUGGGUUGUGUAUAAGUGAAAUUAUGGAAGGAGAGAAAGGGAAGGAGAUUAAGGAAAAUGCAAGUAAAUGGAAAGAAUUGGCUAAAGAAGCAGUGGAUGAAGGUGGAAGUUCUGAUAGAAAUAUCGAGGAAUUUGUAGCUCAAGUGACGUCUUUUGCAACUCACUAGCUUAUGUUUAACUCUACACACAUGCAAUCCAGUUAAUCAGUUUUCCUGUUUUUUAGUGUAAACUAGUUUCGACUUCACCCGAUGCUUAUCAUCUAGUGACUUUACCACUAUGCUGAAUUCCCAAUUAGUAUUUACAAUGUCGUUCGGUA